AUGUUCGUGGUAAACACCAACGUGCCCCGCGCCUCUGUGCCCGACGGGCUGCUCUCCCAGCAACUGGCGCAGGCCACCGGCAAGCCGGCCCAGUACAUCACCGUGCACGGGGUCCCCGACCAGCUCAUGGUGUUCGGCGGCUCUGGCGAGCCGUGUGCCCCCUGCAGCCUGCACAGCAUUGGCAAGAUCAGCGGGGCGCAGAACCGCACCUACAGCAAGCUGCUGUGCGGCCUGCUGGCCCGGAAAGGAUCUGCAUCAACUGUGACAUGA